CCGGAGGAGCCUGUGACUCCCACCUUUCGCAAAUGCAGAGCCUGGUGACCUUUGAGGAUGUGGCUGUGUAUUUCACGAAGGAGCAGUGGGCUCUGCUGGACCCCAACCAACGAGCUUUGUACAAGGAAGUCAUGAUAGAGAAUUUUGGGAAUGUGGCCUCAUUGGGAUAUCCAGCUCCUAAGCCUGGCCUCGUCUGCCGUCUGGAACAAGGAGAGGAGCCCUGUGUGCCAGAUUCUCAGGACUUCGAUGAAAGGAAGAUCUUUGACACCAGCUCAGAACUCAAGGCGCUGCCUUUGUGGUUCCCCUGCAGUCUCUCAUCCAGGCACUGCACAAGCCCAAACCUGCAUAGUUUCAGCAAGGUGGCUGCAUAAUGUCCUGUUUUUGUAUUUUUAUUAUGAUAUAUUGUAUUUUAUCUUGUUUGUUCA